AUGCUCUACUGGACUCCGAGACGAAUAAACUGGCUAAAUAUUCGUCAUCGCUACCUGCCAACUAUAAUCCUUAUCAUCAUCACGACUCUAUCAUCGUUCGACUUUUAUGCCUUGGCCUUUUUUAAAGAGCUGGGAAACCUUAUCUCUGCUAGGACCGAAGAUCCCAACGAAGGAUUCUACCUACGUCAAAGCGAUGACGGUAUUUUAAAUCGUUCAUCUAAUCUGAUGCGAGUCGUUUACGAAAAAUUACACGAAAAUUUGUACAACAUUAUCAAAUUGAUGCCAAGUCAAGUUUUGACUAGCAAUGAAGAUAUGGAAAAUAAAACAUUUGAUGAAAUCAAGAAGGUAUUACUAUGGACAUCAUUAUUUGAUGAUUCUACAUGGGAUAAAAAUCUAGGAGCAGCCCAAUUUAAGCAUUGCAAAUAUUCAUCGUGCGAACUUUUGAACGACAAAACUCAAUUGUCAAAUUCAGACGCACUAUUAUUCCAUAUAAGGGAUAUUGGUGAAUUGCCAUUUAAUCAUUCGUAUAAUCAAAUAUGGAUAUUUUAUAUGAUGGAAUCUCCUAUUUUAACUUGUUCAAAUUCUCCAAAUAUAUCCUACCAUCUAGACAAAUAUGAUUAUAUCUUCAACUGGACCAUUACUUAUUUGCCCCAAUCGGAUAUCUACAGACCAUACUAUGACACUCUGAAAAUCGAAUUUAAAAAAGUGGAAUCCAAUCAUUCCAGCAAUUAUAAAAUGUAUUCUAUGGGCAAAAAAGGUUUAGCUAUAAAAUAUAUCGAAGAAAUCCGAAAUCACAUUUCCUCAAUCCAAGAUAAAAACAACGGACGAGCUCCAACUCUAGAAGUGCAUGGCAAAUGUUCAAGUAACGGAUCUCUGAUCUGUGAUUAUGUCGGGCCUAUGAAGGAAGUUUGCUUGAGGAAGUUUAUCUCUAGCUAUAAAUUCUAUUUGGCGUUCGAAAAUGCUAAUUGCGCACAUUACAUAACCGAGAAAAUGUUUCGGGCGCUCUACGCGGGUGCGGUACCCGUAGUGUUUGGAGCUCGAUACUCUGAAUAUUCCAGGAUAGCUCCCCCAUUUUCUUUUAUUUACGUUGCCUCGCCUCUGGCCAUGAAAAUGAACGGAGAUUUUGGGAAUCAAUCGCAAAAGGACUCAUCCACACGAAAUGUUAGUCAAGAGAUACCAAAAAACCAUCCUUAUUUUCAUUCCAACAAUAUGGAAGAGCUAGCGAAAUACCUGUUAGAAUUAGACUCCAAUGCCACGCUUUACAGUGAGUAUCACACUUGGAGAAAAGAGUAUGUUAUCUUACCGAGACUACAUGAUGAAUAUCUAUGCCAAAUUUGUCAACAUUUGCAUCUCAAGGACAUUCCCAAAAAAUCUUAUAAAAUAUCGGAGUGGUGGAAUAGAGAAAGAGAUUGUAACCCACAUUGAUAUCGAAAUUAAAAUUCCUCCCUUUACAAAGGCCU